AUGGAGGUAGACGAAACUACUGACUUCGACCCCACCACUGAGGAAGGUAAAGAAGACAUUAACGACGGCGAUGAAGAACCGCUGCUUCCUGCCCCCGAUGAUUCCCUAAGAAAUAGCAUCACAAAGGCCCUAAGACAUCCCAAAGCACGCGAGUACGUACUUACGCGCGAGCACAUAGAGCUAGAGGACUUAGGCACUGUAAACUCGGCCAUGCAGCGGCUAAAAGAUACGUAUUCCAACUUUAACUCAGACGAAGUAAGGCUUACCGAGCGCGGCGGUAGAGUCCUCAUAAGCGUCCAAGACCUAAGAUUUCCUGAUAAGAACCACUGGACAAAACCACAACUCCUCUUUGAUGAGAAUGGCGAAGUUAGGGGUGACGUGGCGAGAUUAAGAGGUUUUCAACUAGCUACCCGAAGCGCAUUAGAAAGGUUGGCAACCCUGAAUGAGAGGGUUGCGUUAGAAAAACACGUCGAGGGGCUGCAAGAAACGUUGGAAGAAAGGGAAGCAGAUUACAUGAGACAGAACCAACUGCUUCUCGAUGCUCAAAAAAGAGAAGUCAAUGACAAGAAUCAGCAAAUAAUAGAAAUGAGAGAACAAAGAGACGAUGCCCUACGCAAAAAAAACCUAGCCCAAAAGGCCUUCAAUCUUGCCCUGCAAGACCUGGAUAUGAGCAAGGAGGAAGCCAAAAACUUGCAUACCACCAUAGCCGGCUCUUUGGAGGAACGCCGGCAGUUGGUUGCCGAAAUCAACACCAAAGAAGAGCAAAUCAGGCAAAGAGAUCAGGCCAUUGAGGAGCUGGAGGGGCAAAUAGAGCGGCAGCAGGAAAUAAUCAAUGACCAGGCUCGCCCUGAAGAGGAAAGGGAGGCAGCUCAAAGGGAAGUAUAA